AUGUCGCAUGAAAACUUAAUUACAAACAAAUUAAUUGCUGCUUAUAAUAUAGGUAAAUUUCGAUUCAAUUCUAAGCUUAUAUUAAUUGCAACAUUUUUGUAUUUUACGACUUUUAUAUUAGUAGCUCCGAAAACGCAAUCAGAAUUGACUACAAAAACUUGGACAAUGGAACCUCUUAAUGUUGAAUGGAAUAUAACUGAUGACGAAUUAGUUAAAGUCGAUGUGAAACUUCAACGUAUUAAUCGUACAAUUGUCGCUUUCGAUGGUACCAUAGAACUCCUUUAUGAACUCGACGAAUACACGAUGAUGGAAUCAGCCAUAUACCGUAGUGCUACUGGAAGUAUAAAUAGUUAUCAGCGACUUCCCUAUCGUCUCCCAAGGAACAAAGUAUAUGAUAUUCUGGAUCAGUACAAAGACGAAAUUUCGAAAAAUCUUAGAAACUGUUCAAAUUUUCCAUUACUUGAAACGCACUCGCGUGAUUAUAAAUUUCGUGAAUUAUAUCGUUUCGAUAGAUGUACUUAUUCUACUGAUAUACUGCCGAAUUAUCUACUGGAAGGAUAUUACAAGGCGAUAGUGGAGUUAACUGGUGAAACGAAUUGGUCCUUAACAUUUUUAGUUCGAAUCGAGCCUAUAUAG